AUGAGCACUUGUCCGCAUAUACAGCAAGUAUUUCAGAAUGAAAAGUCCAAAGAUGGAGUUUUAAAAACUUGUAAUGCUGCUAGAUACAUCUUAAAUCAUUCCAUACCUAAGGAAAAAUUCUUAAAUACCAUGAAGUGUGGUACAUGCCAUGAAAUAAACUCCGGUGCAACAUUUAUGUGUCUUCAAUGUGGAUUUUGUGGGUGUUGGAACCAUUCUCAUUUCCUCUCUCAUAGUAAACAGGUUGGUCACAUAUUUGGUAUAAACUCAAGCAACGGUCUUUUAUUUUGCUUCAAAUGUGAAGACUAUCUAGGCAACAUCAAUCUAAUCAAUGAUGCUAUUCUAGCUAAGUAUUGGGAUGACGUUUCCACAAAGACCAUGGUACCUGCCAUGGAAAGAAGAGAUGGACUUUCUGGCCUGAUCAAUAUGGGGUCCACUUGCUUCAUGAGUAGUAUCCUUCAGUGCCUGAUUCAUAAUCCGUACUUUAUUAGGCACUCAAUGAGACAAAUCCAUUCCAAUAAAUGUAAAGUACGUUCUCCUGAUAAAUGCUUUUCAUGUGCCCUCGAUAAGAUUGUUCACGAGCUUUAUGGAGUCCUGAAUACAGAUCAGCCCUCAUCGUCAUCUUCUGCGACGAAUCGACAAGGUGGCUUUAUACAUCUUUUAACGUGUGCUUGGAAAAUCAACCAGAGCUUAGCUGGUUAUUCGCAACAAGACGCUCAUGAAUUUUGGCAAUUUUUAAUCAACGAAAUCCACCAAAGCUAUGUCCUCAGUUUACCCAAUCCCAAGGAAGUUGACAGGGCAAACAAUAAGCGAUGUGACUGUAUAGUACAUACUGUGUUUGAAGGUUCGUUGGAAAGCUCCAUCGUGUGCCCUGGCUGCCAAAACAAUUCAAAGACAACCAUUGAUCCCUUCAUGGAUCUUUCGCUGGAUAUCAAGGAUAAGCAAAAACUUUAUGAAUGUCUCGACAGUUUUCAUAAGAAGGAACUUCUAAAGGAUUUCAACUAUCAUUGUGGAGAGUGUAACAGCACACAAGACGCAAUAAAGCAGCUGGGUAUACACAGGCUUCCAUCGGUUUUAGUUUUGCAAUUGAAGAGAUUCGAGCACUUACUCAAUGGAACCAAUAGGAAAUUGGAUGAUUUUAUUGAAUUUCCAACGUAUUUAAAUAUGAAAAGCUAUUGUUCAACUGCAGAAAGUGAAAGUGAAAACCAUAUUGGAAAUGGUAAAGUACCAGACAUUAUCUAUGAAUUAAUCGGUAUUGUUUCUCACAAGGGAACGGUUAAUGAGGGACAUUACAUUGCAUUCUGUAAAAUCUCUGGUGGACAAUGGUUCAAGUUCAAUGAUUCCAUGGUCUCCUCGAUUUCUCAAGAAGAAGUCCUAAAGGAACAAGCAUAUUUAUUAUUCUACACUAUUCGUCAAGUGAAUUAA